GGUCACAUUGUAACUUGAAGAGUAGAAACAAUAAGGAAAUAACUUAAAACUUGAAAAGUGAAAAUAGUGCAAUAAAUAUGGACAAAUUAACAACAAUUAGUGCCACUCUUUUCAUGGCCGCCGAUGUGUUCGCUAUUGUGAGUCUAGCACUGCCCGAUUGGAUUAUUACAGAGGAAGCUGGAGACAUACGGCUGGGCCUGAUGUGGACUUGCAUGACGUUGUACAACCGGCCGCAGGUCUGCUAUACGCCCGAUCUGCAGCCGGAAUGGCUAAUCGCACUUGUUUGCAUUUUCAUCGGCUGCAUAUGCAUCACGACGACAAUUAUACUAUUGGCCUCUAGCACUUGGGACCGCAACGUAAUUCCAUAUGCCCGCUGGGUGGGCUUUGCCGCAAUGGUUCUGUUCUGCAUGGCAGCCGUUGUUUUCCCGCUGGGAUUUCACAUUGAGGAGAUUGGCGGACAGGCGUAUCAGCUACCAAAUACAUUUAAAAUUGGCAUUUCGUAUAUAAUGUUUGUACUGGCGCUGUGGAUAACAGUCGUCUCCGAACUAUUUGCUGGCAAAGUGUGUCUGCCCCACUUUUAGAGCGUAUUCAUUCACAAUAGACUUUUGCGUGUAUAUAGGAUCGUAGGAUUUAGUUCGUAAGUACUAGUUGUUUUCAUUUUUUCUGUGAUUUGUUACAUGUUUUGUUUUUUUUUUUCGUCCAUAUAUCAAUUUACAUUUAUAUAUAUUAUUUUUGAAGACAUAAAUCCGUCUCGAGACAGGUAUUGAAAUCUCCUUAGCCCCUAAGUGUAUUUACUAUUGCGUUUAUUUGAUGUUCAUUUAAACAAAUACAUUUUCGUCAGGCAGUUACAUUUACUCACAUUUUAAUAAAAUAUAAAUUUGAGACAA